AUGGCAGGCGUAGCCUUGCAGCCGUCACUUGCCAGCCCCGUCGGCAGCAGGCGGCGCGUGUCUGGCCUGACAAUCAAUACUAACCUGGCCAUGUCUAGUUUCCCCGAAUACGUGGAUCUGUUCGCAUCGUCAGACGAAACCAUGAUGGACUCGCCUACUACCAUCACCCCGACCAACAGGCUGGUCCAAAAGCUCAAGGAUGAAAAGGAGCUGGCGAGGCACCCCUCGCCCCAGCCGACACACGUCAGCUACCCGCCUCUCAUGGCCAAGACGAACGGCAAUGGGCACAGAGUUCUCCGCUCAGCGACGGUCGGCUACGUCGCACCUGAGUUCAAGGGCAAGAAGGAGCAGAUGAAGCAAGUCAAGAUGUACCUCACCAAGUGUGGGUGGAUCCCUGAAGCUCUGGUAGAUCCUCAAAUUGAGUGGUUCUACAAUGAGCUGGGCAUCGACGACGUUUACUUCCAGGUCGAGAACCCAGAGGUCAUCGCCAAGCACAUCACCUCCUUGUAUGCCGCCAAGAUCGCGGCCUUCUCGCGGGAGGACAAGCGGGAAGAGAUCCGGCUGGAUAUGGAAGCCUCGGAUCACGCCAUCUACAUCGACACAAGCGAGCCCGGCAAGAGCGCCGUCGGUGGGCCUCGCUACGAGCACCGUCUCGAGUCCAAGUACUUGGACGGCAACGACACGUCAAAGCGCUUCCGUGUUGAGACAUUCCGGUCUCCGGGCAUCAUUGGUCACCCGGAUUCCAAGGCGACGUUGCGCUGCUACUUCGUCUACCAAUGCCAGUUUGUCGACCCAAACGCCGACCCCCUGGAGACGCGUCUCGAAGUCAUCAGCGAUCGUAUGUUCCUCGCCAAGGCGACCAGGAACACAAAGCAGAUCUACCAAGAGAUCAUUGAAAUUGCGGUCAGUAGGACUGGUCCCGUCAUCGAGGUUUUCGACAUUGAAGGCUCUCGCGAGAAAAGGCUGGUCGUCGCUUUCCGCUCCAGGACAGCAAGGGGCAUGUUCAGCGCCCUGAGUGAUCUCUACCAUUAUUACGGCGUUACUAGCUCCCGAAAGUACGUCGAGCAGUUCUCCAACGGCAUCACCGUCAUGAGUAUUUACCUCCGGCCUGCCGUCAACCUCGAGUCCAAGUAUCCUCCGAUCGAAGAGUCGAUCCAUCAGAUCACCAAAGAGGUCUCGUUGCUGUACUGCAUCCCCCAAACAAAAUUCCACAACAUGUUUGCUUCGGGCGAGCUGAGCCUGCAAGAGGCCGUUUACGCCCACUGCGUGUGGGUCUUUGUGCAGCACUUCUUGAACCGACUUGGGUCCGAGUAUGCGUCGCUUUUGGCAGCACUCGACCCUAGGAACAACGGCCAUGCUGAGAUCCUUUCAAGGAUGAAAAAGCGCUUACGCACCGAGACAUUCACUCCCGAUUAUAUUCUUGAGAUCAUCACUUCGCACCCAGGGCUCGUGCGUGCGCUGUAUGCCUCCUUCGCCAGCGUGCAUCUCAAGGUCGGCGCCGGGUUUGACCGCCACUGCAUCGCUCCAACCCCGGCCACCGAGGUCCUUUCGGAUGCGAAGCUCAAGGAGAGAAUUACUAAAGACGUCUCCAACGAGCACGAGGAGAUGGUCAUGACUGCCUUCAGAGUGUUCAACAACGCCGUCCUCAAGACGAACUACUACACCCCUACAAAGGUGGCGUUAAGCUUCCGUCUCGAUCCAUCCUUCCUCCCAGAGAUUGAGUAUCCGAAGCGCCUUUACGGCAUGUUCCUUGUCAUCACGUCAGAAUCCCGUGGCUUCCACCUGCGAUUUAAGGACAUUGCGCGUGGUGGUAUCCGGAUCGUCAAGUCCCGCAGCAAAGAGGCCUAUUCAAUCAACGCUAGAAACCUGUUUGAUGAAAAUUACGGGCUGGCGAGCACUCAGCAGCGCAAGAACAAGGAUAUUCCCGAAGGCGGCUCAAAGGGUGUCAUCUUACUUGAUCCUAAGCAGCAAGAUAAGGCCCGUGAGGCGUUUGAGAAAUACAUUGACAGCAUUCUGGAUUUGCUGCUCAAGGCCGAGACGCCAGGCAUCAAAAACCCCGUGGUCGAUCUCUACGGCAAAGAGGAGAUUCUCUUCAUGGGGCCCGAUGAGAACACUGCCGACCUGGUCGAUUGGGCAACGGAGCACGCCCGCAAUCGUGGCGCGCCCUGGUGGAAGUCGUUCUUCACGGGUAAAUCGCCAAAGCUGGGCGGUAUUCCCCACGACACAUACGGCAUGACAACGUUGUCGGUGCGCGAAUAUGUCAAGGGUAUCUACCGCAAGCUCAACCUCGACCCAUCGACGGUCAGGAAGAUGCAGACCGGCGGGCCUGACGGAGAUCUUGGCAGCAAUGAGAUCCUUCUCAGCAACGAGAAGUACACCGCAGUCGUGGACGGGUCUGGCGUCCUAGUCGAUCCCAACGGGAUUGAUAUUGAAGAGCUCCGCCGCCUUGCCAAGACGCGCCAGAUGAUCGCUCACUUUGAUCUAUCCAAGCUGUCCAAGGAUGGGUACAGGGUCUUGUGCGAGGACAUGAACGUCACCCUGCCCAGCGGGGAGGUUGUCAACAACGGCACGGCGUUCCGCAACACGUACCAUCUCCGGGACUCAGGCCUCACGGAUAUGUUUGUGCCAUGUGGUGGACGGCCCGAGUCAAUUGACCUUGUCUCGGUGAGCAAGCUUAUCAAGCAAGGCAAAGCCACGAUUCCCUACAUUGUGGAAGGCGCCAACCUCUUCAUCACACAAGAUGCCAAGCUGCGGCUCGAGGAGGCCGGCUGCAUCGUGUACAAGGACGCGAGUGCAAACAAGGGUGGCGUUACAAGCUCCUCGCUCGAGGUCCUUGCCUCGCUCAGCUUUGAUGACGAAGGAUUCGUGAAGCACAUGUGCCACGACGCGCACGGGAAUGCCCCCGAGUUUUACAAGACGUACGUCAAGGCAGUGCAGGAGAAGAUCCAGGAGAACGCCCGGCUCGAAUUCGAGGCUAUCUGGCGCGAGCACGAACAGACCGGUGUGCCCCGGUCCAUCCUCUCAGACAAGCUAUCGCAGGCGAUCACGUCGCUAGACGAGCAACUGCAGCACUCUGACUUGUGGGAGAACGAGACGGUGCGCCGGGCUGUGCUAGCGGACGCGCUGCCCAAUCUGCUGAUUGAGCAGAUUGGCCUCGACACCAUCAUCCAGCGGGUGCCUGACCCGUAUCUGCGGGCCAUCUUUGGUAGCUACCUGGCGAGCCGGUUCGUGUACGAGUUUGGCAGCUCGCCGAACCAAUUUGCAUUCUACGACUUGUGA